CGGAGCCGCGCUCCUGCCCGGCGGAGUCGCCCCGCGGGGAGCGCGGCUGUGGAGGCCCCGGCCCCGACCCCGACGCCGCUGCCAGGCAGGGUGCAGCCGCGCGGAGCAGCCGUCGGGGCGGAGGAUCCGUGGCCGAGCGCGGCGCCCGGGCCCUCGUGGCUGCUGCCUGGCGGGGGCGGCCGGGCUCUGGCAGCCCCGCGGGAGCCUCGUGUGAAGCCGCACCUGCCUGAGGGCUGAUUUCUUGGACCCUUCAUUGUGUUGCUUCUACAUUGCAAUAUUAGAAGCAAUGGCAAAAGAAUUCAUAAAAAACUGCUGCAAAAGAUGUUUCUACAUGGAAAAGGAAAAAAAUGAUUCAGUUUCCAUGGAGAAGGAAUCUGAAGCAGCAACCACAAGCAGGCCAAGCAUUGUGGAGAAACCUCCAUUGUCUUCUGUGUCGGUGAAGCGGCAAGUUGGGUGUUCAGAAGAUUAUCUCCUUUCCAAAAUGCCAUCAGAUGGCAGAGAGGUCCCUUUUGUGGUCCCGCCUUUUAAACUAGCUUAUAUACAACCCAAGAGCCUGGGGAGUUCAUCACAUAUUGGGGGAAUUGAAGGAUAUGCUAGAGCUUCUUUUGGUGACCGAAAAGCAGAACUAUCCAGUAUGUACCAACAAGGAGCCCACUAUGAAGUCUACAAUCCAUUCUAUAUGCAACAGCACACUUCACCAGAUCCAACUAGGCGCUUCCCAGAAAAAUCAGAUAACGGGAGAUUAUACGGAUCAGUGUGUGAUUUAAGAAGUAGCACAGUCCCCGGGUCACCAGACUUAAGUCAUUCAAUGCUUGAUCUUACAAGUCCACCCCACAGAUUCAUUAAGAGGUAUGAUUCACUGUCCAGUGUGCCUAGCAGCACCUCUUCAAUGAAGGAUUCACAUGGCAGUAACAGGAGUCUGGAUACGUUAUCAGGUGACGAACGAGACUUUGGAAGACUGAACAUCAAGUUGUGUUAUGUUACUUCUGUAGAACAGAUCUGGAUUACACUCUUGAAUUGCAAAGACUUGUCCUGGCCUUCUAGCUACGGAGAAAAUAUUUCCAUUUCUGUCAAGGGAAUCCUUACACUGCCAAAGCCAGUGCAGUUCAAGUCCUCAGCCAAAGAAGGUUCCAGCGACAUCAAAUUCAUGGAAACCUUUGUGUUUGCUAUUAAACUGCAAAAUCUUCAGCCUGUCAGAUUAGUGUUUAAAAUCCAGACUCAGACUCCCAAGAAGAGAACAAUUGGAGAGUGCUCUGUGUCACUGCGAGAACUCAGCUCCCAGGAAUCUAACUAUUGGCUUCAUAUAACCCCUCCUUCCAAAGUUGCAGUGUGCCAUGCUGAACUUCAAAUAGGAACCUGUUUUCAAGCAAUAAACAGCAGAAUUCAGUUACAGAUUCUUGAAGCGCAAAACCUGCCAACUUCAUCUACACCUCUGUCCCUAAAUUUUUUUGUGAAAAUUUCAAUGUUCAGUACAGAAGGGCUGAUAUACAAGAAAAAGACUCGUUUACUGAAGGCUACCAAUGGCCAAGUGAAGUGGGGAGAAACAAUGAUUUUUCCAGUUAACCAGAAUGAACACGAAAUUAGUUUUCUCAUCAAACUCUACAGCAGGAGCUCAGUGAGAAGAAAACACUUUCUGGGACAGGUCUGGCUAAGUUCUGAUGCCAGUAGCAGUGAAACAGCUGAUCAGUGGAGAGAUACAAUCACAAACCCUGAAAAGGUUGUCAUUAAAUGGCACAAAGUCAGUCCAUCUUGAAGAUGUCAGAGACAGGACUCGGAACUGAUGUGAACUUUAUACAAGAUACUUCUGCAGUGUUAAAGUGAAGGAAUAAAAAUAUAGUGCCUACUUGAGUGUUCCAGGGACCCAUGCCCUGCACCACAUAACAUUAACCAGAAAAAUUUCAAAGGGAGAAGAGACCAGAUUUUCAUGAAGAGUAAUUCUGGCAAGAUGCUUGAAAUACAGAAAUGAGAAUUAGUUAAACUUUUAGUCUGAUGUAAAAAAACACCUCAAGAAAAGAAAUGUUAAUGUUUACACUUUUUUUCCCAAACAGAAUUCUACCACAUGGCUUUACAUUGACAUAAGGGCUACCUUACAAGGAGUCUGUGUGUGCUUUAAAUUUGCAUAACAAAGACCUCAAAGGGGGUUUUGUAUAUGUAUUGCUGGUUUUAUUUUCUUCACAACAUUUCUAUGCUUCUCUUUGGUUUCAAUAGAAACCCCAUCCUUGUCUACCCUUUUUCCAUGAAAAUAUCUCCAAGUGGUACAAAAAAGAAGUAUUAUGAUAUUGUAGAUGCGUGGAAUUGAAACCUAGGAAGUGAUCAAGUGACAGGCUGUUGGUGGGGGGGAGGAGACAGGUGAUAAGAGGUAAAUCACUGAUAAGAGAGAAGCUGCAAUCCGUAAUGGAAAUAUUGUAUUGUUGAUACUUUACCUGAAACCUUUGCAGAACCAGGUAAUUCUAGACUUAAAAUUCUUGAUGCUUCAAAGAUAAAACAGUAACCUCCUUUUCACGUCAUCUUCAUUAAUAAAUAAGAGGGAACUUGCUUUCCUCUCUCCCAUCCCUCCAGACCCAGUCCACGUACCCAUAACAGUAUUGGCAUCAUGUUUCUGAGGGUAAUAAGUUGAGAUUUUUCACUAUUCUGUGACCAGUCUGUUCUAAAACCCUGUCCUUGGUCAGGCUCACACUGCUGUCAGUGGGAAUCUACACAAAUAGGGGCUUGACAGCCAGUACCUCUCCUUUAAAAUCACAGAGUCAGAUGGGUAUUGACUCCAUUUGAACAGAAUGAAACAAACAUCUCAACAAACUGGCAGAUUUAGUGGGCUAGGCCCUUAGUUUUAGCACUAUUAAGGAGUGAGCAACACACAGGAAUUACGCAAUCAUUCUUUGUGAUGAGCCAAUCCCCAAGCACUAAUUAGAGUCCAAAGGCUGUGCUAAAUUGUGCCAGCUGGCGAAGUGCCAUUAUGGCAGCCAGGGAUGAUUACAACAGGGUAUGGACACAUGAAAUAAUUAUUCCUGUUUGUAUGGGAGAAUGGAAUUGUUGCUUUUCCAGCUGAUCUUUUGUUAUGGUUCUGUGUGUCUGCUCUGUCCUGCAGGAAGAUGAGCUGCUUCAUUUUGGUGUCAGCUGCUCUGGUGUAGGUGUCUCCUCUUCCUUCCCGCCUCCCCCCACCCAAACAAUGUGGGAUAGGGACAAACACAGGAAACAGUUACAAAGGAUCAGCUGCUCCAUGCUCAUAGUAUGUUUCCUCCCACUGCCACUUUUAAAUUAGGAUAGUUGUUUCAUCUGUCUAUAGCCUAAAAAACAUGGAUCCUCUUUCUCCUGCUACUCGCUAUUCUUACUACUGGGAGGGGAAUGGAAGUAUAAUUACUGUUGGGGCUAAACUGUACCACCCAAGGAUCUGUUUAAAAAGGUGAGAUCUUCCAUGGCUGAUCUUUUUGGUUUAGGGAUGCUUUGUGCCAGUUGCAUGGUGUGAAGUAGCCACUGGGAUGUGGGCCAGUAUUUUUAGGUAAACCAGUUUCUUCUGUUUUAAUAAACUAUUCCUACAUUAUAUAAUCA